CCCACACUAGUCUUAAGUUUGUGAGGCUCCUGCAGCCACAUCAACACGGAUCCUGGCCUCCUGCAGCCACCUCCACAGGGACACUAUGAGCCAGACAGAGAUGUCCACCUGCUCCACUCCGCACACCCAGCGAGUAUUCCAGGAGGCCGUGAGGAAAGGUAACACCAAGGUGCAGAGCCUUCUACAAAACAUGACUAACUGUGAGUUCAACGUCAAUUCCUUUGGGUCCAGAAGGGACAGACAGCACUGCAUCCAGUCUGUUAUAGACGGAAAUCUGAGUUGGUCAAACUGCUUGUCAAGUUUGGGCAGACAUCAGGUAGCCAACAGAGAUGGUUGGAGUGCCCUCACAUAGCAGCGUAUGGGUGGCCACCAGGACAUAGUUCUCUAUCUAAUCACCAAGGCAAAGGUACUCCUCUAGCACCCGGUAAACCCACCCUACAGAUGGACACUUUCCACCAUGGAUGCACAGGACAUAGCCUACCUGUACAGCAGGACAAAGUACUCCAGAGCCCCGAAAACCAUGGACAUUAGACACCGCUUUGGGUAUGGAGGCCAUAGAACAUGGUCUUCUACCCUGUUACCCAGUUUUCAUAUACAGGUAAUACAAACGUAGGAAUGGACUUAGUCCACCUAUAUUUGUAUUUAGGGUCACCAGGAUAUGGGUUCUACCUGAUCACCAAAGUUAAGUACUCUUCCAGCACCAGGUAAUCCAGGCUAUGAGUGGACGCAUUCUAUCUUUAUACGGUGACCCUCUAUAUAGGAUCUCCCAGCACACGGUAACCAACCUAUAUUACAGCCUCUAUGGACACAUUCUACCGAUUCCUAUUUCAAUGGGGGGGAUUUAAAUCCAUAUUGUGAUGUCUUACCAGUAAGAAGCAAAGCUUCCCUUGAUUUGGGGAUUCACCCAUAUUUUUAAUGUGUAUGGCUUCCCCAUUAUUUAGUCCAUAUUUUAUUUUUUAACCUGGGUUUAACCAUUUUCACUUGCGUAAGGAAGUCAUUUUUUUUUUCUUUUAAAGGUACAAUGGGGAUAUUGUGUUUUUCAUGAAAACAA